AUGGCCGACAAAGAUAACUCGGGCAAGAAAGUGCGCUUUGAAUCCAAGUAUCUUACCAACAAAAGCGGUACCAGCGCCAAAAACGUUAGAGACAAGCUGGAGAGCUCUUCCGACAGUGACCAGAGCCAGGCCAGCGCUGGCUCCGACGCCUCCGAAGCAAACGUCGUUGGAACCGAGGUCCUCCCUACUCCGCCAAAACUGCGCAAUAUCGUCUGUCGCAAGGCGGCCGUGACCAGGGAAUUCGACAACCUCGUCGCCGAGGGAUGGGGCAGGGCUAAGUCCCGCAACGUCGCCCAGGAAUUCGUUGAGCAGGUGUUAGCGACCGAGGAACACAAGUGGUCGGACGCCCAGCGAUUCGUCAACUACACGGCCGUCAGGCCCCGAGUAUUUUCCAACCCCCGAUCCCUGCCUUUGGUUGGGCGGGAAUCGCAUGUAUCGUGA